UCGCCGGGGUCCGAGGAGCUGAAGAGCUGGUAGCUGAGCCAGCGCGGCGAGAAGACAGAAAACGCGGAAACCGGGAAGCAGACAAAUCUGGAAGCUUACAGCGACAGACGGAUAAUUCCUCUCCCUCCACCUCUCACUCUUAACCCAGUCUGAGAGCGCCGAGCGAGGCCGGACAUGUCCGACAGCACCUUGUUCACCACUAUCUGGCAAUCCCGGGAGCUGCGCCAGGCCAGCGAGAGCGCCCUGCUUCAUGUCAGGUUUCCAGAUUUCCAGAGCGGACACAGGAAGGCCGCCUCCUUUCACAGGGUGCCCCUCCCUGCCCACCCCCACCCCUACCACUCUAGUCUUGGGGUGCGCCGCUCCACUGCCUCCACCAACCUGCUGCACCACGAGCUGUGCCACCGCGCCACCGACAGCCUGAUGUCCCUGGACAGCCUGGAGGGCAGCGCCCACCCCACGCCCACGCACUCCGAUUCCAGUGCCGAGCGGCGAGCAGAAACUCUUUGGACAGAGCCCCCCAGUGCCUCAGAGGAGACCAGCAAGGCCCAGGAUGUCUUCAAGACUCCCCCCCUACUGGCCGAGGAGGCGCAGGAAGUGAAGAGCCCUGGCGCGCUGCCCCCAGGUGGAGGGGAAGGGAAGCGCGAUGAGGAGGAGGAGAAAUCCCAAGAGGAGAAGGAGACUUGGGAGACAGCGUCUAUUUUAGAAGGAGAGGAGGAGGAAGUUGGGAAGGAGACUGCGGAUGGAGUGGAAGAGGAGGAUGGAGGGGAGGAGAUCUUGGAGAAGCUGGAGGAGUCGUUGCUGUGUAUCGAGGAAGAGGAGGAAGAGGAUGUGGAAAAGGAAGAGAAGACUGGGACACCCAUACCCGAGGAGAAGAAGGCAGUACCCUCCAUUGGAGAAGAUAACAGUGGAACCCAGGGUUUUCAAGUCCUUCCCAAGUGCCAGGUGCCGGCUGAGAUCACGCACUGCCUGUUUGAACUCGAGGAGGAGUGUAUGGGGGUGCAGAGGGAGAGUGAGGAAGUGAAGUGGAAGAUGCAUCUCAUUCACCGCAGCUCUGUGGCCAUACAGGAGACCCUCCGGACCUUGCAGCGGAGGCUGGCAGAGAUACAGAAUGGGGAGCAUCAGCGUCCCAGAUGUGCCCACCACUGGGUGCCAGUCUCCCACCAUGCCUGGCACCACCCACAGCACCCCCACGCUCCCCCUCAUGCCCCUCACCCCCUGCCUCAGUCGCACCUGGCCCGCCGUCCCUCUGCCACCUGCCUGCCCUGCUACUCAGCCCAUCCCAGCCACCCUGCCCACCUCCACACGGAGCCCGAUUCUUCCCACUCCCACCCGAGCCCCAUUCCUCCUUCCCCACACCCCUCCCAUCCCCCGCCCCCAGCUCACCUGUCUCGGAGCCCCUCUGCCACCUGUCUGCCUUGCUACGCCACCCAACCCACCUACCCCCAUCACAGCGCCCACCCCGGACCCACUUGUGCCCAGCAGCACAGGGCAAGAGAGGUCAGCUUCCAGGCCAUUUCUGAUCUCAGGGAAGGCUUGGCCCGGCUGGGGGAGGAGUGUGCAGAGGACCGGAAGGAGAGGAGGGAGGCCAUCUUAGCCCUGAAGGCUUUCCAAGACAAGCUCCACAGUUUCAUCAACCAGUGGGAGUGUGGACAGAGGGAGCAGAGUGACAUUCUGCACAGCCUGCAGUGCUUGAAAGAGCAGACGUUGAACAUCACCGAGCUGCAGUGCAAAUAUUGGCCCUCUCAAAGAGGUACCUGGACGAUGAGUAGCAUAGGAUCAGUACGGACGGGGUGAAGCAUAGAAGGACUCCUUCAGUUCCGGAACUGCUUUGUUUUACUCAGAAGACUGAAUUCCUGCAAGCCUGGCCCUGGCAACGAAGUCUUCAAGGGCAGAAGAAUGUGUUCUGCCUGGAAUAUCCCGGUGGCAAUUCAUCUACACAUGCACACUCUUGUGCUGAUCAGGAAUGAAGAAGUAAACCUGGCAGGUUUCAAGGACAAAGCCAAGGUUGUGACCAUCUUCAAGACGGAAGCCAAAGCCCUUCUGUACAAGUUACAGAGCAAUCUCUUUGCCACCCAUCGAGGGCAAUGAUCUUCUAUCAUUAGAAGAACUCUCCUCAUCUGCCUUAUUUCUCCGGCGGAAAACCCUCUCCCAGAAACUUGACAUGGGGUUGGAAAAAGAGAGGAUGAGGAUGAGAGGUGGAAAGGGCAAACGGGAGGAAUUAUAGCAGCAAGUCCUGGGGGAGUAUGGUCCACGACUGAGCCGGAGGCAGGAAGAGGACCUGGGAAGGAGCUCAGCACUGGGAUGUCCUGGCGGGAUUCGGGAAGUGCUGAACAUGCCUGUGCAGCAGACAACCCCUGCUCCUCCUGCCAGCAUGUGCAGGUGCUAUAGAAGACAGUCCUAUCCUUCAGUGCCUGUUGCCCAUCUCCUUCUGCGCAUGCUGGUCAAUCAACUCCCCCCCCCCCUUGUCCUGUAAUUGC